AUCGGUGGCGCGGGGAGGUUGCCGAGGCACCCCGCGCCGCCGAGGCCGAUGCCGUCACUGACCUUCCCUGGCCGGGCCGGCCCCGCAGGGCAGCUCCAGCCGGGAGCGCUCCCUUCCCCUCAGAGCGGCGACCCCGCUGUGGGCGCGGUGUGAACAUCCGGAAAGUAACGCACUCCUUCAGCCGGGGUUAAGUCUGCUGUGUUAAUUAGCUAAAUGGGACUUUUUGGGUUUUGAAAAAAAAACUUACAGAACUGCUUUAAAGAGAAGAAAACUGCUGAACUGGAAGAAUUAAGGACAUCAAGGAUUCUGGACCACUGUUACUGAAAUGAUACUACAGAAGGCAGCAAUUACAUUGUGUUGGUUGGAUGGAUGAAACCUGAAUAUUUACUGUCAGUCAAGUGGGUGAAACCCCUAACUGCAGUUUACAUGUGUAGGUCACUGCGUUACUGUGUUAGUCACUGUCUCUAUGCAGCAAUGACAAGGCUAGAAGAAGCAAACAGAGAAGUGAACAUGCACUCAUCAGUCAGAUACCUUGGCUAUCUUGCCCGAAUCAACCUACUGGUUGCCAUUUGCAUGGGCCUUUAUGUCAGGUGGGAAAAAACUGCAGAUGCACUCAUUUUGGUAAUAUUUAUUCUGGGGCUCUUUGUUCUUGGAAUUGCCAGCAUACUGUACUACUAUUUUUCAAUGGAAACAGCAAGUUUGAGUCUCUCCAAUCUUUGGUUUGGCUUUUUGCUUGGCCUUCUCUGUUUUCUCAAUAAUUCUGCCUUCAAAACGGAUGUGAAAGAAGAAGCUACAAAAUAUUUGCUUCUCUCUUCCAUUGUUUUAAGGAUAUUAUGUGCUUUGGUUGAGAGGAUUUGUGGUUGUGUCCAUCAUCGACCUACUCUGCUGACAACAGUUGAAUUUUUGGAGCUAGUUGGGUUUGCAAUUGCCAGCACAACUAUGCUGGUAGAAAAAUCUCUAAGUAUUAUUCUGCUGGUUUUGGCUUUGGCCAUGUUGAUUAUUGACUUACGUAUGAAGUCUUUUUUGGCAAUUCCAAAUUUGGCAAUUUUUGGGGCCAUUGCAUCCCUACUCUUUUUUCCAUCACUGAAAAUCCCCACAAACCCUUUUGCCUUGGCAUGUUUCUUCAGCUGCCUCAUUUCAGAUCCUCUUCUAGACGUUUACUUCAGUGGACUUUCCGUUACUGAGCGAUGGAAGCCCUACCUGUACCGUGGUAAAAUUUGCAGGCGGCUUUCUGUCAUCUCAGUUGGAGUCAUUGAACUAAUCUUUUUCAUUCUUGCAGCCUUUAAACUACGUUAUUUGGAUCUCUGGUAUUUUGUGAUACCUGGUUUUUCUAUUUUUGGAAUUUUCUGGAUGAUCUGUCAUGUUAUUUUUUUUAUAACCCUUUGGGGAUUUCACACAAAACUAAAUGACUGCCACAAGGUGUACUAUACUCACCGUGCAGAAAACAACAGCCUGGACAGAGUCAUGGCAUCUAAAGGAAUGCGUCACUUCUGUUUGAUCUCAGAACAGCUGGUGUUUUUCAGCCUUGUUGCGACUGCUGUUUUGGGAGCUGUCUCUUGGCAGCCAACCAAUGGGAUCUUCAUGAGUGCAUUUCUCAUUGUUCUACCUUUGGAGUCCAUGGCUCAUGGGCUUUUCCAUGAACUGGGAAACUGCUUGGGAGGAACGUGUGUUGGGUAUGCUAUUGUGAUUCCCACCAACUUUUGCAGUCCUGAUGGCCAACCGACUCUUCUUCCACCUGAGCAUGUCCAAGAGUUAAAUCUGAGGUCUACUGGCAUGCUCAAUGCCAUCCAAAGAUUUUUUGCAUAUCACAUGAUUGAGACAUACGGUUGUGACUACUCUACAAGCGGACUGACCUUUGAUACCCUUCACUCCAAGAUCAAGUCUUUUCUUGAACUUCGGACUGCAGACGGACCCAGACAUGAUACCUACAUUCUGUAUUACAGUGGUCACUCACAUGGCACUGGUGAAUGGGCACUGGCAGGGGGUGAUGCUUUACGACUUGACACGCUGUUGGAGUGGUGGAGAGAAAAGAACGGCACUUUUUGUUCUCGACUGAUCAUUGUUUUAGACUGUGAGAACUCUCAGCCUUGGGUUAAAGAAGUAAGAAAAGUAAAUGACCAGUACAUUGCUGUGCAAGGAGCGGAAAUGGCCAGAGUUGUAGACAUCGAGGAAGCAGACCCUCCACAGCUUGGUGACUUCACCAGGCAGUGGGUUGAGUACAACUGUAACCCUGACAGCAACAUCAGCUGGUCUGAAAAGGGCCGCACGGUGAAAGCGGUGUAUGGGGUAUCAAAGCACUGGAGUGACUACACUUUGCAUUUGCCAACGGGAAGUGAUGUUGCCAAACACUGGAUGAUAUACUUCCCACGCAUCACCUAUCCAUUAGUACAUUUGGCAAACUGGUUUUGUGGUCUCAAUCUGUUCUGGGUCUGUAAAGCGUGCUUUAGGUGCUUAAAAAGAUUGAAAAUGAGUUGGUUUCUUCCCACAGUGCUGGAUACAGGACAGGGCUUCAAACUCGUCAAAUCCUAAUCAGCAACCAAAGAGAUAAUGAAGUGAGAGCUCUGUGAACUUUCUCACUGUACCAUACUUAAAACUUUUUCUACGACUAUUUUUCUCUGAAAAAGUCUUCUCUACUCACUUUAUUCAGCUUUUUGAGCAGCUACAGUAUAUGCAACAGUUAGAAAAUGCAAUCUUAAACGUACAUGUACAUAUGUAAGAGAUUUAUUUAAUAUGACCAUGCAUUUUGGAGACAGGUCACGUGUUCAUAUGUCUUACUUAAGGCAGCCUUUGUUUAGAGACAACAGUUUGAUGGACAGGAGCUCUUUAGCAUUGUGAAUGCUAAACCAUGCUGAUCUGUCAUUUAUGUUCACUGUACGGUUUAAAUACAGGAAAGGAACCAAGCUAAGACUCCAGCCAAUUUACAUGUCAUAUGUGAUGGGGUCACUGAGCAUAUACAGCUACUGUAUGUAAGUAGCUACCAAGAAGCAUUAGUUUUAUUUGCUUUUACAUCUUGUGCCCUGCCUCAGUUCUCUACUGCCAUCAGUGGAAAUUUGCCACAGAAAACAAGGAAAUCAGACAACCCUCUUAUGCUCUGAUACUUCUCAGAUGGUGUGUUCUGAAGUGAGUUUUAAAAACAUUCAGUGGUACUUCCAACAUUAAAUAUCUUGCUGGUGAUCUUUGAGCAUACAUUCCCAGUAGUUAAUUCAUAUAUGGAAUAAAAACUGCACUGAGCAUUUUUCCCUCACCUGUUAGGUGAUUCUGAAUUUUCCAGGUUCUUGUUAGUUUGUAUUUUGAAAAGUUACUCUGAAGAAAACAAAGCAAAGCAAAACCCAAAGAAUUUAACAAGGAAAAUAAUCCAUAGAUAAAAAAUGGGAAUACAAGUGUUGCCAUGUUUGCAUAUUUAUCUGAAGUCUUUGGCAGGCCUAAGAUCUUGAUUCUGUGAAAUUUUGAGUAGAGAGUUGGACCAGUGAGUUCAUUAUCUAUUAAAACCACUAGCAAAGUUUGUUUGGACAGAUUAUUCUCUUAGGAGAAGAGAGAAUCCUCAGUAUUCCUUAAGGUUUUCUCCAACCCACAGGAUCCUGAUUUUAAUCCUUCCAGAGCUGGGUGGGACUCUAGAAAUCCUUUCCUUCAGUCAUAAAAGCUGUAUAGCUUUUUUUAUGCCAUUUUCUCAAGUACUGAAAGCAAGGGGUGAAACAAGUUAAGUGACUAAGACAGUACAGUUUGUGGUGGUUUAUUUGCAUAUGUGUGUGCAGUUGACCUACAGUUUACUGUUUUCUGUUUCCAUCAGUAUUUUAAUAAAAUUAUUAGGGAGUAGCUGAUACUUGUCUAAAAUAUAACUUCUUUUUUUUUUUUUAAUUAAAUACAUGCAAAUAGUAUGUAGCUCUUAAAGUCUUUGCCGUCAUAGCUUUUUCUAAUGCCGUGUGAGCUUUUUAGCCAGCCAGGUUAGAGAAUCUGCUAACACUGAGACCCAUCAGUAUCUCCUGAAAUAAAUAACGAGAGCUACAACAGCCAAAGCAAUUUGUACCCACCAACUUCAAAAUGGUGAUUUUCUCAGCUCUACAAGUGGCAGCCACUAAGUUUCUUCGUUAGUAUUUAUUACACUGUGUUGUUCAGGAAGACACCACGUCCCACACCGAUUUCCCUUUCUCCGUCCCCUUCCAUAAUGUGAAAAGGGGAUAAAGAAAUAAGAGAUAAAUUAUAUCCUAUGAAGACUCAAGCCUUUAGGUCUUCUCUGAGUAAAUGCUGUGGUUGCAGCUCUGUCAGGGAUUUAAGAGGUGGCUGUUGUCAGUAAGGACAGAGGGUUCUCACACCAUCUGACUUCAGGUAUCCAACUUAAGUUCCUAAUGUGGGAGCCAGAGGUAAGAGUCAUCUCAGUUAAAUUCAGAUGUCCAAAAGCCAGAUAUUUGAAUCCAUGCUAGUGAUCUGAAGUGCUCCACUGCUUAUUAGCAAGGAGAAUUAAAUAUUUCCAGAGGAAGACUGAUUUGGUCUCUGUUCCAGGAUGGAUUUUCCUGUGAUUGAGGGCACUACUUUUUUGUUUGUUUGUUUGUUUUGCUUUCCUGUGCCAAAGGUCAAGCAGACAAAUCCCUUGUGUCUCUUGAAUAACCUUAGAGCACCUCUAAGCUAUCCUCUGGAGCCUGAGCUGGGUACCUAAACUCUGUUCAAGCACAUAAACUGAAUACUUGAGGUUGGGUUGAACAAGCAUCCAUCAUUUUGCAGAAAAGCAGCACUGCCCUCUGCAGAAGUCACUGUCUUCCACUCCUGGUCAUCAACUCUUGUGUAUAGAUUCAGAAAGACUGCCUUUACAUUUGGUUUGUAAAAUCACCAUUGUUUUGGCUUCUCUUUCAGUAAAAGUUCAACUGAUUGCAUCAUAAACUAGUACAGAUUGAGCCUUAGAAAAUUUUAAUUAAGUCCCCAUAAACACCUGAUAGUAACCCUGUGAAUAUUUGAAGUCAAGAAGUUAGUCCUUUCUGUUCUGGAAAAGCUUUAAAUAUCAACCAUAACACUUGUCAUUAAUUAUAAUGGACAGAUCUUAAUGGGUAAAUCUUUACCUGCUACUGUUACAUUUUUAUGGACAUCAUCUGUAUCUUUCUUUUUGUACCUGAAGGGAAACAAGAAAAGUGGGAUUCCUGACCUCUUCUGAGUCUCUGAGCAGGAAUCUGCUAUGCAGUGCAGUGAUGGAUUUAGCUCUGGGCAGAAUAAAUGCAACAGUUUGUCCUGCUGUUUUGCUUCUGGAUAUUCAAUGGUUUCCAGCUUACUUAUCAAAGUUAGAUUUUUUCUAGGGUAGACUGGAUGAUAUUCAGCUGUUUGCUGAAAGGCAGAUAGAGCUGAAAAAUAGAGCAAAAAUACUGUUUGCAAAACCAAUCAUGUGUUUGCAGAUUUGUUUCUGUUUUCUCAGUUAUAGAGCUCUGAUUUUCUGAAUUUGAAGUAGUUCUAACAUGAGCUAAGGUGCUCCUACUUUGAUUUUGUUACUGUUUUAAACAUCAAAGGCAUGGUGAAAAUGCUAACUUCAAAAGAAAUGUUUACAGCUGUUCAAAUUAUGAGGCCUUUCUGGACAAAGAGACCGUCAUGUGUUUCAAAACUGUGGAUGAUGAGGAAUUCAACUGCAUCAGUUCUUCACUUUUGCACUGACUUCUAUCAAGGGAUCCUACAGUGACCCCCAUUCCCAGGUGGAACUUUUCUCCAGCUCCUGAUGCUUACACCUCUCCGCAGGUCUCUGCCCAGCCUCGGGCAAGUACCUGAGGGACAAACACUGGGAGCAUCCAAGUGAGGAGUUAUCCUCCUGCUAUUCCUGUAUAAAAGACAGGGCCUGAAAGAAAUUUAAAUCUGUUUCCAAAGAGUGUUACAUAUGCCAUCAGUUGCAUAUACAUUGUUUAGUGGUAUUGUGUACAAAUUUCUGGGAGAAAAACUUUUCUGCAAGGGUUGUCGCUGUACUGUAUAUUCAGACAUUUUGCCAUAAAGUUUUUUAUAAACUUGUGUCAUAGCAUGA